AUGCGACGAUGAAAGUGUUUGGCUGCACAUACACCAAUUGUGUAUAAAAGGCAUUCUAGUGACUACUCGUUUCAACUCGAAAAACACCAUCAAUUCUCCACUAUGAAAUUCACUUUACUCACCGCUAUUAUCAUUUCUGCCCCAGCAAUGGCUGGAAUAGCUUCAUCGAAUCCGUUAUUGGGCCGACACUGCAACCCCCCCAGUGAGCACUCUUUCGGCCUACUUACAGACCUUAGAAUGCGUACUUACGAUUACCCCCAGAAUCAUUACAAUGCGCGAUGGGCCUCGACUCGGAUGAAUUUAACAACGGCAACGAUUGCGCGUUUGCCUGCGGACCUUCAAGCACGAUCACAGCGUCAAUACUAUGUAACUGCAAGGACUGUUGUGUCGUGAUUCCUGGUACUAAGGACAUGACAGAGUUUUGUCCUAAGUAAAGCCGGAUCCGGAGCACCGUGCUCAUUUAGUCAGCAUUUUCA